CAGCAGCGCAGCCCCUUCCCAGCCCAGCGCCCCGUGGCCGAAGGGACCGCGGCCACCGCGGCCACCCCGCGCCGCCCCGGCCAUGAGGUCGGGCCGGAGAGACGCCACCUGUGCGGGGAGGUGAGCGGAGCCCCGGAGCCUUCCUCCUACCCCCGGGCAGCCACAGCGGCGGGGAAGCGCAGGGGGUGGAGGAAGGAAAAGGGAUAUUUUUUGUUUUAUUAUCUAUCGAUCUAUUUUUGCCGCGAUCGAUCCCGAUCCCGCAACUGAAGCCCCCGGAGGGAGAAGUGCUGCGCGCUGUGAUGCGUCUUCCUCUCGCCUCGGCUGCCAGUUUGGAUUGUAGCGCCCGGCUCCGUGCACUGCGAGGAUGGCUCGGUUUGGGGAUGAUCUGCCAACCCGCUAUGGAGGUGGAGGGCCGGCCGGGGCUGGAAGAGGGAGCAGCCGGCAAGGUGGCCCCCAAGCCGGCCAAAGGAUGUAUAAACAGUCGAUGGCUCAGAGAGCCAGGACUAUGGCUCUCUACAACCCCAUCCCUGUCAAACAGAACUGCUUCACAGUCAACAGAUCCCUCUUCAUCUUCAGUGAAGAUAAUGUUAUACGGAAAUACGCCAAGCGAAUAACAGAGUGGCCUCCAUUUGAAUACAUGAUUUUAGCUACAAUCAUAGCCAAUUGUAUUGUGCUGGCUCUGGAACAACAUUUGCCGGAUGGAGACAAGACACCGAUGUCAGAGAGAUUGGAUGACACUGAGCCGUACUUUAUUGGAAUAUUUUGUUUUGAAGCUGGUAUCAAAAUCAUCGCUCUGGGCUUUGUUUUUCACAAAGGCUCUUACCUGCGCAACGGCUGGAAUGUGAUGGAUUUUGUCGUGGUCCUCACUGGGAUUCUGGCCACUGCUGGGACAGACUUUGACCUGCGGACCCUGCGAGCCGUGCGGGUGCUGCGGCCCCUGAAACUCGUGUCAGGAAUCCCAAGCCUGCAGGUUGUCCUCAAGUCCAUUAUGAAGGCCAUGGUGCCCUUGCUGCAGAUUGGGCUGCUCCUCUUCUUCGCCAUCGUGAUGUUCGCCAUCAUCGGGCUGGAGUUUUACAUGGGCAAGUUCCACAAAACCUGCUUUUCCAACGAGACAGGUGAGGAGGUGGGGGAUUUUCCCUGUGGAGAGGAGCCUCCUGCCAGACAGUGUGAGAGCGGGACCACGUGCAGGGAGUACUGGCAGGGCCCCAACUACGGCAUCACCAACUUUGACAACAUCCUCUUCGCCGUGCUCACCGUCUUCCAGUGCAUCACCAUGGAGGGCUGGACCGACAUCCUCUACAACACAAACGACGCUGCAGGAAACACCUGGAAUUGGCUUUACUUCAUCCCUCUCAUCAUCAUUGGCUCUUUCUUCAUGCUCAACUUGGUGCUGGGCGUCCUAUCAGGUGAAUUUGCCAAGGAGCGAGAGCGGGUGGAGAACCGCCGGGCGUUCCUGAAGCUCCGCAGGCAGCAGCAGAUCGAGCGCGAGCUCAACGGCUACCUGGAGUGGAUCUUCAAAGCAGAGGAGGUGAUGCUGGCCGAGGAGGACAAGAACGCCGAAGAGAAGUCCCCUUUGGACGGGAGGGCCGCCUCGGAAGGGCCGAUUCCUCAAGGCACGGCGCCGGCAGAGACUGGCAGCGGCAGCAGCUACAACAUGUUGAAAAGAGCCGCAAUAAAGAAGAGCAAAAAUGACCUGAUUCAUGCAGAAGAAGGUGAGGACCAUUUCACAGACAUUUGCUCCGUUGGGUCUCCCUUUGCCCGUGCCAGUUUGAAGAGUGGGAAGAACGAGAGCUCGUCCUACUUCAGGAGGAAGGAGAAGAUGUUCCGCUUCUUCAUCCGCCGCAUGGUGAAGGCUCAGAGCUUCUACUGGGUGGUGCUCUGCGUGGUGGCCCUCAACACCCUCUGUGUGGCCAUGGUGCACUAUGACCAGCCUGAGAAGCUGACCACUGCUCUCUAUUUCGCAGAGUUUGUUUUCCUGGGGCUGUUCCUCACUGAGAUGUCUCUGAAGAUGUAUGGGCUGGGGCCAAGGAAUUACUUCCACUCUUCCUUCAACUGCUUUGACUUUGGGGUGAUCGUGGGCAGUAUCUUUGAGGUGAUUUGGGCUGCAGUGAAGCCGGGCACCUCCUUUGGCAUCAGCGUCCUGCGCGCCCUGCGGCUGCUGAGGAUCUUCAAAGUGACCAAGUACUGGAAUUCCCUGAGGAAUCUGGUGGUCUCCUUGCUGAACUCCAUGAAGUCCAUCAUCAGUUUGCUUUUCCUGCUGUUCCUGUUCAUCGUGGUCUUUGCUUUGCUGGGGAUGCAGCUCUUUGGAGGGCAGUUCAAUUUCCAAGAUGAAACUCCAACCACGAAUUUCGAUACCUUCCCUGCUGCCAUCCUCACAGUCUUCCAGAUCCUGACGGGCGAGGACUGGAACGCUGUGAUGUACCACGGGAUAGAGUCACAGGGCGGCGUCCAUUCUGGAAUGUUCUCCUCCAUCUACUUCAUCGUGCUCACGCUGUUUGGUAACUAUACUCUCCUGAACGUCUUCUUGGCCAUCGCUGUGGACAACCUGGCCAAUGCCCAGGAGCUGACCAAGGACGAGGAGGAGAUGGAAGAAGCCACCAACCAGAAGCUGGCCCUGCAGAAGGCCAAGGAGGUGGCUGAAGUGAGCCCCAUGUCAGCAGCCAACAUCUCCAUAGCUGCUUUUGUAAAGCAAACUCGAGGUACUGUAUCUCGCAGCUCGUCAGUCUCCAGCGUAAAUUCACCCAAGCAGCAGAAUUCCUCCAAAUCCAAGUCGGUUUGGGAGCAGAGGACGAGCCAGAUCCGGAUGCACAACUUCCGAGCCAGCUGCGAGGCGCUGUACAACGAGCUGGACCCCGAGGAGCGCGUCCGCUACGCCACCACCCUGCACAUCCGUCCCGACAUGAAAACCCACCUGGACCGGCCGCUGGUCGUGGAGCCCCGCAGCGAGGGCAGGAACAACCUCACCAAGCUGAGCCCCGUGGAUGUCCAGGAGGUGGCGGAGCACCCCAAACCCACCUCCGCCGAUGGGGCAGAAGCGCCGAGGAAGCACCACCGGCAUCGGGAGAAGGAGAAGCUGGGAGAGCAGGAGAAGGGAGAUGGCACCAAGGAGGAGAGCGGCGAAGCCGGGGCUGGCACCAAGGAGGAGCGGCACCGGCAGCACCGGAGCCGCAGCAAGGAGGUGGAAGGGGGCAGCAAGGAAGGGAAGAGCGACCGUACCAGGGGGCAGGAAGGGGGCAAGAGGCACCACCGGCGGGGCUCGGUGGACGAAGGGGGCGAGAAGGAGCACCGCAGGCACCGCAGCCACCGGCACUCCUCCGACCGGCCCAGCAAGGAGGGCAACGGCACCGCCAACGGCGCCCGCGGCGAGCGGCGCUCCCGGCACCGCGGAGGGUCCCGCUCCGGGAACAGGGAUGGAGAGCCCGGCGCCAAGGCGGACAGCGGAGAGGAGCCCCACCGGCGGCACCGGCUCAGGAACAGGGCCCUGUCCACCUAUGAGUCCGUGGAGAAGGACGGCGGGGAGAAGGAGGGGGAGGCUGGCGAGAAGGAGCACCGCAAUCACCAGCCCAAGGAGAACCAGUGUGAGCUGGAGGCCAGUGGCAGUGGGCCUGGCAGUGUCCCUGUGCACACCCUGCCCAGCACUUACCUGCAGAAGGUGCCUGAGCAGCCGGAGGACGCCGACAACCAGAAGAACGUGACCAGGAUGAUUCAGCCCCCCCUGGACAAAACCACCACUGUGAACAUCCCUGUCACCAUCACUGCCCCUCCAGGGGAAACCACUGUCAUCCCAAUGAACAACGUGGAGUUUGAAAGCAAAACGGAGGAGAAGAAAGACGUCGAUGACCUGACCAAAAAUGGGCCUAAACCAAUCCUGCCUUACAGCUCCAUGUUCAUCCUCAGCCCCACAAACCCGAUCCGCCGCCUGUUCCACUACAUCGUCAACCUGCGCUACUUCGAGAUGGUGAUCCUGAUCGUCAUCGCCCUCAGCAGCAUCGCCCUGGCUGCAGAGGACCCUGUGCAGGCCGAGUCUCCCAGGAACGACGCUCUGAAAUACCUGGAUUAUAUAUUUACAGGAGUCUUCACCUUUGAGAUGGUGAUCAAGAUGAUUGACCUGGGGCUGCUGCUCCACCCUGGCUCCUACUUCCGUGACCUGUGGAACAUUCUGGACUUCAUUGUGGUCAGUGGGGCCCUGGUGGCUUUUGCCUUCUCAGGAACCAAAGGCAAGGACAUCAACACCAUCAAGUCCCUGCGGGUCCUGCGUGUGCUCAGGCCUCUGAAAACCAUAAAACGGCUGCCAAAACUAAAGGCUGUCUUUGACUGCGUGGUGAACUCCCUGAAGAACGUCCUCAACAUCCUCAUUGUUUACAUGCUCUUCAUGUUCAUCUUCGCCGUCAUCGCGGUGCAGCUCUUCAAGGGCCGCUUCUUCUACUGCACGGACGAGUCCAAGGAGCUGGAGAAGGACUGCAGGGGUCAGUACCUCGAUUAUGAAAAAAAUGAGGUGGAGGCACAGCCCAGGGAAUGGAAAAAAUACGAGUUCCACUACGACAACGUGCUCUGGGCUCUGCUCACACUUUUCACCGUGUCCACAGGGGAAGGGUGGCCAACUGUGCUGAAGCACUCGGUGGAUGCCACCUACGAGGAACAGGGGCCCAGCCCUGGCUACAGGAUGGAAAUGUCCAUCUUUUACGUGGUGUAUUUUGUUGUCUUCCCUUUUUUCUUUGUCAACAUCUUUGUGGCGUUAAUCAUCAUCACCUUCCAGGAGCAAGGAGAUAAAGUGAUGUCAGAGUGCAGCCUCGAGAAAAACGAGAGGGCCUGCAUAGACUUUGCCAUAAGUGCCAAGCCCCUGACCCGCUACAUGCCUCAGAACAAGCAAUCCUUCCAGUACAAGAUGUGGAAAUUCGUGGUGUCCCCUCCCUUUGAGUACUUUAUCAUGGUCAUGAUUGCUCUCAACACCAUCGUCCUCAUGAUGAAGUUCUAUGAUGCUCCAGAAGCAUACGAAGAAAUGCUGAAAUGCCUGAAUAUUGUGUUUACAUCCAUGUUUUCCAUGGAAUGUGUGCUGAAGAUCAUUGCCUUUGGUGUGUUGAAUUAUUUCCGAGAUGCCUGGAAUGUCUUUGAUUUUGUAACAGUGUUGGGAAGUAUUACUGAUAUUUUAGUAACAGAGAUUGCGGACAACUUCAUCAACCUCAGCUUCCUGCGGCUCUUCCGGGCAGCCAGGCUCAUCAAGCUCCUCCGCCAGGGCUACACCAUCCGCAUCCUGCUCUGGACAUUCGUGCAGUCCUUCAAGGCCUUGCCUUAUGUGUGUCUCCUAAUUGCAAUGCUCUUCUUCAUCUAUGCCAUUAUAGGCAUGCAGGUAUUUGGGAACAUUGCCUUAGAUGAUGAAACCUCCAUUAAUCGGCACAACAACUUCCGCACCUUCCUCCAAGCCCUGAUGCUCCUGUUCAGGAGCGCCACGGGGGAAGCCUGGCACGAGAUCAUGUUGUCCUGCUUGAGCAACAGAGCCUGUGACCCCCUUUCUGGCCUCACCAAAAAGGAAUGUGGCAGUGAUUUCGCCUAUUUCUACUUUGUGUCGUUCAUUUUCCUCUGCUCCUUCCUGAUGCUGAACCUGUUCGUGGCAGUGAUCAUGGACAAUUUCGAGUACCUAACCCGGGACUCCUCCAUCCUCGGCCCGCACCACCUGGACGAGUUCGUGCGGGUGUGGGCAGAGUACGACCCGGCAGCCUGCGGGCGCAUCAGUUACACAGACAUGUAUGAGAUGCUGAGACACAUGUCCCCACCUCUAGGCCUUGGGAAGAAAUGCCCAGCUCGUGUUGCCUAUAAGCGCCUGGUGAGGAUGAACAUGCCCAUCUCCCCUGAGGAUUUAACUGUGCACUUCACCUCCACGCUGAUGGCCCUGAUCCGCACGGCCCUGGAGAUCAAACUGGCCUCAGGAGGUGUGAAGCAGCACCAGUGUGAUGCUGAGCUGAGGAAGGAGAUCUCGCUGGUCUGGCCCAACCUGUCCCAGAAGACUCUGGAUUUGCUGGUGCCUCCUCACAAACCUGAUGAAAUGACUGUGGGGAAGGUCUACGCAGCCCUGAUGAUAUUUGACUUCUACAAGCAGAAUAAGAACAGCAGGGAGCAAGUCCAGCCCCCCGGGGGCCUGUGCCAGCCCGGGCCAGUGUCCCUGUUCCACCCCUUGAAGGCCACCCUGGAGCAGACGCAGCCCGUGGCCUUCAGCAACGCCAAGGCCUUCCUGCGCCAGAAGAGCUCGGCCUCCCUCAACAACGGGGGAGCCCUGCCACCCCCAGAGGGAGGGAUCAAAGAGUCCAGUUCUUGGGGGACCCAGCGCACCCAGGACGUGUUCUAUGAAACCAGGAGCCCAGCUUUUGAGCGAGGCCACUCCGAGGAGAUCCCCAUCGAGAGGGUGGUAGAAAUGAAGGAGAUCAGCCCCACAGUUGCCAAUGGAGAGCCCCAGCCAGGCCUGGAGAGCCAGGGCCGUGCAGCCUCCAUGCCACGCCUGGCUGCUGAAACCCAGAGGAGCAAAGCACGGUCACCUGGGAGUUACCUGGCACCCAUCCCGGACACCAGCCCCAUGAAGCGCUCGGUCUCCACGCUGGCCCCGCAGCGUCCUCACGCCAUGCACCUCUACGAGUACUCCCUGGAGCGCAUGCCACCAGAGCAGGGCCACCACCACCACCACCACCGCUGCCACCGGCGCAAGGAGAAGAAGCAGAAGUCCUUGGAUAGGGCCGCCCAUCACAUGGCUGAUGGACAAGCUGUAGCCCAGUCUGGAGAGUCUUCUUCCAAGGACAAGAAGCAGGAGCGUGGUCGCUCCCAGGAGAGGAAGCAGCACUCCUCCUCCUCCUCCGAAAAGCAACGCUUCUACUCCUGCGACCGCUACGGCAGCCGGGACCGUGCCCAGCCCAAAUCUGCUGACCAGAGCAGGCCCACCUCGCCCAACGGGGGCCCAGAGCACGGCCCACACAGACAGGGCAGUGGUUCAGUUAAUGGGAGCCCCUUGCUGUCGACAUCUGGUGCUAGUACCCCCUGCCGGGGUCGGAGGCAGCUCCCACAGACUCCACUGACCCCACGCCCCAGCAUCACUUACAAGACCGCUAACUCCUCGCCCGUGCACUUCACCACUUUCCAAACCCCCACGUUCUCCCCGGGCCGCCUGAGCCGCGGGCUGUCCGAGCACAACGCGCUGCUGCGGGGGGAGCAGCAGCCGCCCCCGCCCGCCGUGGCCCGCAUCGGCUCCGACCCCUACCUGGGCCACCGCGACGAUGCCGCCGACAGCCCACAGCGCGCCGCGCCCGAGGACACGCUCACCUUCGAGGAGGCCGUGGCCACCAACUCGGGCCGCUCCUCAAGGACUUCCUACGUCUCCUCGCUGACCUCGCAGUCGCACCAAAUCCGCCGCGUGCCCAACGGGUACCACUACACGCUGGGGCUCAACACGGGCCCCGGCGCCAGAGGACGCAGUUACUACCACGAAGCCGAUGAGGAUGACUGGUGCUAGCGGCUCGGCGGAACCCUGCGAGGUGUGCGUGUUUAAUAAGGAUGAGUUUUAUCAUCUGGAGGGCUGGGAGCUCCCGUGGGGGCCCAGGGCCAGAGGUGGCCAGCGGGGCAGCCCUGAGGACUGCUCAGCGCCUGGGGCCGGAGAUGCCCCUGCAGCCUCUCUCUCCUCUGUUGUUCUUUAGUUUUUUUCCUUUUUGAUUUGUUUUUGUUUUGCACUAGACAGAUGGAGGAAGAAGGUUCCCUCCUUCUGGGGAAGGCAGCGAGAGGAGCACAUCCCUCACUGCCCCCUCCCCACUGCCUUGUCUAGUCCCGAGACACGCACCAGGCGCCAACCCGGCCGCGGAGGCCAGGAGCCGGGAGAAGAGCGAUCCUCACCUUCCACGGUGGAAAAGCAGAACUGUGGGUCCUUCUCAUGAUUGGCGCAGUUUUGUUGGGCUAUUUCUUAAUUAAUUUACCAUCAUAAUUCCCCCCUGCCAGGGUGGGAGCCGGGGGUCGCAAAGGGACUCGCGCGAACAACGCGCACCCGCCGCGUUUUGUCUCGUUGAGCGCUGAGAAGGAAGAGAUGCACCCAAGAAACUGGGAGAGGAGAAACACAGCCCAGAACAAAGGACAGUCCUUUGGGACUUGAUGUUCAGCCACUGCAAUCCUUUAGGGCAGAGCUGGUGCCACCCCCGAGCUGACCCUGCUGUGACACCACUGCCCUGGGGGUCUCUAAUGUCACUCACCACAUUGGGUCCUUCACACUGACACACGGUAAAGCCACAAGAGAGCUCCUUUGUAAGGACUGUUUCCUUGCUGCUGAGACUUUUCAAUCCAUCCCUCUCUCCUGUUGACUGCAACACACCCUCACUGUUUUGUCUUGUUUACAAUAUAAGCUUGAUUUAGCAAAAAACAACUUAAAAAAAAAAAGUCCACAAAAAAAGAACAACCCAAACAAAAAGAGGAAAAAAAAAGCGUAGGGUUGAGAAGAAGAAAUGUUAUUGGUUUUAUAUCAAGCUAUUAGAUAGAACUUUAACUUUUCAUUGUGUGCAUUUUUGUAAAUUGUACAGUAAAAAAAAAACCAAAAAAAAAAAAAAGAAAAAAAUUUCCUCUUUCUGUAGAGAAUUAGUCCAAUUGUCAUUCCAGGUCCCACCGUUUCUACCGAAUGCUCCAGUUGUUCACUACUAAGUGCCUAACCUUUGAAAUCUUUCACAGUGACGAUGCAACCUCUUGCUUCGAGGCAUCAGAGCUUGGGCGAGCGUGGGGAGGGCAGAGGGUGUGGGGCCGAGCAGCCGGAGCCUGGAGGGGCCCUGGGGGCACUGUGCCCCAGGCUGGGAGCUUCCAGUGGGGAAGGCAAACGUGCUUUGGGCUUGGUUUGGGUUUGGUUGGCCUUUUAUUUUAUUUUAUUUUAUUUUUGGUUAGAAUAUAGAAAUAUAAAUAUAUAUAUAUAUAUAGAUAUACUUUUAUGGGUGAGAGGGGAGUGAUUGCAGCAAACAAAGCCGGCCUUGUCUCAUUGCCCAGUGGAGGAAAUGCAGGUGGGAAAGGGCAGCAUCUGCAGGGGUGCUCCUGCAGGAGGAGCAGCAUCUCCCACAGGCCAGCUGAGAGAGCUCUGGCCAUGCAUCACUGGUGUGGAGGGCAGUUGGAGUGAGUUGUUUUUAUUGCCUGAUAGGAGAAGGUUUAAAAAAAAAAGUGAUGAUGAUAAUAAUAAUAAUAAUCCAAACCUCUAACUCUGAUUCUCAGGGAUGAGAUUUCUGCGUUCUUGCAACGACUUUUGUGUUGGCUGGUUUCUUUCUUUUGUGCCCGUGUGGAUUCCUGCACUGUGAGCCUGGGAAAAGGGCAAACACGCUGUGCUGGCGGGGAGGGAGGCUGGGGGCAAAGCCCGGCCAGGACCUCCUGCCCAGGGCUCUGCUGAGCCCUUGUCGGGCUGGUUUGGGGCACAGGGCAGCCAGAGGAUGUGGAGAGGUUAAAAGGUGAAAGGAGGAAGGGUGGGAGGUGCUGAGCACAUCCCUAAAAGCGCCGCUAGGAUAGAGGAUAGGGUUGGAGAGGUGAAUUUUUUCAGAGGAUCUACCAGGCCCCAGACCUGUGGAACUUCGCCAGGCGCGGCAGUCGCACGGGGUGGGUGGAAAUCCCACUGGCCCUGGCGAUCUGUUUCCGUCCCUGGGUUGCUUGGAGGGGAUCAGAUACCACCAAAAUGCUCAGGAGGUCUCUCAUGCUCUCAGCAAAGUCUGUCAGCCUCAGGCAGGAGCAGUCUGCUCUAGGGUGGUUCUUCACAUCUCCUGUAGCUCUUCUCUUGAGGAAACUCAACCCGGUUUUGUUCCCUCCGGUGUUUUGUUUUAAUUUCGUUCUGUUCAGUAGCAAUCUCUGGCCGAUCUCAUCCCUGGAUUCUGCUAAAGGAUAACUCCUGUCUGUAUCUCUGUCUCUGUACUCGUGUGCACUCGGAAUAAAGGCAGUGUGGUAGCCAGAGGUCACGGCUGGCAUUCCUGGCAUUCCCAAACGGAGGGCUAUGCAACCAGAUGACACGUCCGGACACACACCCACCCCACCACCACUCCAAGACCUUCAUCCAUCUCUAGCUUUAGCUGCUGGAUUUUCCUGUUUCAGGCUUCAGCGCGAUUGUGACCAAAUGUUUUAUACAUUUUCCUGAAAUGAAGGCACAAACACCUUAUUUGAAAUUUUCCAAGGGAACGUUCCUAUUUUACUCCAGGAAGUCGAGGGGAAGGGACAACACCAUCUCUCUGCCCGUGCAUGCAAACACUGUACCCACACUGGAAAGCAACAGAGAUGUCUUUCUGUACGGAAUAAUUCUGUCUUUUCCCCCUUUUCCUCUCCCAUUUUCCAUCCUCAACCCCCCAGCCCUGCACUAACACAGCUUUGGGUCACCCCAAUUCAUAGGCAGAACACGAAGAAGAAUCUCAAGUUGUCCAAAUCCUCCACCCGCCUCGUAGGGGUCGAUGACAGUGACAGACAAGCCUGACCACAAUUAUCCAUAACCCUUUCCUGACAUUUUUUUACAGCCUCUCUGCUGUCUCUCCAUCUUUCCAAGAAUCCUCAUAGUGAGUUGCCAAACUUGAAUUGCACCGAUCAGUUUUCUGCAUCCAGAACCAGUCUCGUAGUGGCUGUACUUUGAAUAAGUAAUGUUUGCAUGUAAUAUAUAUACAUAUAUACAUAUCUAUAAAAAGUAUGUGCAUGGAAAAUGUUUAUCUUCGUACUUUUUUGAUACAAUGUAUUCAUCAGUUGUUAAUUUUUAAUUAUAUUUGAUAUAAAUUUGGGGGUUUGUUGCAAAACUUUAUAUUUAAAAAACAGUGUGAAAAACGAUCAAAGUUCCAACCAUGCAACACAAGUGGAACUUUACCCAAAAAAAAAAUAAGGGAGAAAAAAAUUGAGAAAAAAAAAAAGGUUCUGUGAUUGCCUAGUUUGCUGCCUGAGUAAUAUUUAUCAGCCAAACUUUGAAUUCUGCAGUUGUUUCUACAAUUCCAUUUUGUAUGAAGCAAAGUCCUUGAAUUAAAAUAAAAACUUAGCAAAAAAAAACCAACCUGAGCAAUUCCCAGACGGUGUGUGCGGUGUGCCUGCUGAGCGGGAGGCGCCGAGGGCCGGCCCCGAGGGCUUGCCCACCUCCAGGAGUGACAGCCCGGGAGAAACUGCAUUCCACACUGGCAUUUUGCCAGGAAUUGGCCACAUCUGUGGGGUUUUUUUUUGUCCAUAGAGGCUUCACAGAUGCUUGGUUUGAGUAGGGAGCUGUUUGGAAAUUUGUGGUGUGGAUCCAGCAUGGAGAUCGCAGUUCUUGGAGUCCAACAGGCAGCAGAACUGUAAAGCUGAGGGUUAAAAUCCCCCAGAAGGGAUUGAUUCCUGCCAGGCUUUUAACAGAGGGAAGUUUCUCCCGUAAAACGCUGGCACAGGUUGCCCAGAGGAGCUGUGGAUGCCCCAUCCCUGGAAGCAUUCCAGGUCAGGUUGGAUGUGGCUCUGGACAAGCAGAAGGUGCCCCUGCUCGUCCCAGAAGGGUUGGCCUCAAGGACCUUUCAAGGGUAUAACCCUAAACCCAACCCAGACUGUUUCAUGUGUGGCUUCCUUUGGCUCUAAUCCUGACUGAACCCUGGCCCCACUCCCUGCAGGUGUUCCUAGGGCUCCCUCAGAAGUCAGCAGCCUGAGGGGCUGGAUUGGUGUCAGAGUCUGUUACAGGCCCUGCUGCAGCACCUGGAGAAAACAGAGUUAAUCUUAAUCAUACUUGUGGAAUUAAUUGGAAGUUUGUACUUCCAAGGCUUGCACUGAGUAGAAAAACCCAAGGGCUGUUGGGACAGAAGGAAAGAACUUCUCAUUUCUCUGUAUAACUGGAGAAUCCCCCCUCACUCCUUUCCAGGGACAGAAAUCCACUGUGUUCCUCCUUCUCAGGGUCUUGUGGUGUCACACAACACCAAGGACUCCAGAAAUUCUUGGAUGCUGUAGAGAACUUUUUAGAGCACGAGGUCUUGACUCUUCUCUCUUUUGUUGUCUUUUCUGUGAUGAGACCACCCAAGGUCCCACCUGAGAUUUGGUGUGGAAUGAAAGGAAAGCGUCCUCAAGCCCCUGAUCUCCAGGUCAGGCUGGAGCUUGGGAAGGAGAUGUUUGGCUUCAGGUCACACAGUUCAUGGUUAGCAAGGGUUGGGGCAGGAGAACCUUCCUUGGCUUGCAGCCUGGUCUGUGCUGGGUUUGGGGUUCUUGGCUGGAUGACACUGAAGGGUAGCAUUUUUGUUUUCUGAAAUAUCCCAAAUAAACAUGAAAUGGAGAUUUCUGAGCAGGGUCCAAGGGAAGGUUUGAAGUGGAGGAUUUGGGAAUCAGUGUCCACCCCAACCACUGAGGAUACCCUGCAGGAUUUGCUUCACCACAACCACCUGGGAAGCUGCAAUCUGCUUGGGGAGCACCUCUCCCCUUCACACCUGCAUCACAGAGACCUCCAAACCCACUUUACAACCCCGUAUGAGUUUUUAAAUCCUAAAAUCCUUUUGAUGACUCUCUGCCCUUUUAAAGAAUUUAUUUUUUCCUUUCCUUCUCCUUAUUCCACUUUUGCUCUUUGGCUGCAAGGCAGCAAUGAAUCCAUCAGCUUCUCCAGGGCCUGCCUGAGCCCUGGGCUGAGGGAGCUGGAACAGGCAGGGUCCCUGAUCCCACACUCCCACACCUGAGAUGCUGCAGCUGGAACCUCUGGCUUUGAGUUCAGCUGAAUCCCAAAAAUGGCUUUAUUUUUGUUUCUCAUCCCAUUCCUGGUGGAAGGUUUUGCUGUCAGAGUGUUUGCCCCCCAAGGGGCACAUCUUUCUAGCAGAGACAACACAGUUUCCAUUCCCUUCAUUCCCUGUGGAUAAAACCUGGAUCAGCUUUUCCUAGGCCAGCACCCCACACCCGGUUGUGCCAUUAGGGGGUAGCAUUUUCAGGCUUUUUCUACUUUCUAGGGAAACAGAAAAAAAUAGAAAAAAAACACUGAUUCAAAAGGCUUGAAGUCAUUCCCUGGAAUAUUUGUCUUGGGAUGCAGAAAAUUCAGGCACACCUGAGUUCAAGAUGCUCAGGGAAUUUGGCUUUUUUUAUUCCCUGGAGCAUGAAAAGCUGGGAUCAUCUGCCGAUUCCUCAUUCCAGCCACAUUUCAGACAGCACCCACAGACUCCUACAUCCCCUCCAAGGUGACAGAUUACUCAUCCCAGUGUAUUCAUCCCUCUUUAUCAAGCCUAAGCAGAUCUCCUGAUAUUUUCCAGGCUGUGAAAACACCGUUUUCACAAAGUGCCUGAUGGUGAUAACAAACCUCCACUCAACGCUGUCACUCAGCUCAUUACAAAAUAUUUUGGAGAAGAGGCAAAUUUUGCAUUUUUGAUUAAAAAAAAAAAAGUCACUUGAGACCCUUGAAAAGGACUAAAUUGCCCAGGGUCAAGUGAAGACAGGGUUAAGGUUGUUCUGUGUCUUCUUUUAUGUUUGAAGUCACUGGGGUGUGCAGGAUUAUUUUACAACCAUAGGUUUUUAAUAGGAUCCCAGUGAGGAGGGGUCACUGGGAAUUUAGCAUCUCCCUAGCAGGGAAUUCCCUUGGGGAGAAUUUAAAGGGCAGAGCAGUAAGAGAAAUGCUGGAAGGUUUGGGGACUGAGGGAUGGCAGCAAUUCAUGCACUGAGGGCUCUGAGAAGGGUGUGCAGAUAUUUGGGAGUGAAGUUUGGGGUGGGUGAGUCAGCAGGAGAACAGAAAUCUGAGCAAACCAACCCUGAGAGAAGGGAUGGAAAUCCAAAAUGGAGCCCCUCCACCCAAGGAGGGAGGCAGGAACAAGCUGGUGGAGCAGAGCUGUUAAUUCAAAGCAAACAGUAUCAGUAAUGGGAGUUUAUUCAUUUUAGCCUCACCUCCACUUUCUGUCAUUGCUCUGAAACAGAAUAUCCCAGCCCUGGCUUUGUCUGUGUCUGUUUUCAUUAUUUCUCGGGUUCUGGCAGCCUUUUUUUCUGCCCAGCACACACAGAGGAGGAGGAGGAGGUGUGGUCCUUGUCCAGCUCCUCAUGCACACCCACAGGGGUGGAAACCUGAAUUUUCUCUCCGAGGGCUGAGGAGGGCGUGGAUGUGGUUGUGUCACUGGAUACAGCAGAUGAGAGGGUGGUUAAAAAGAGGAUGCUGAGCUGAGAGAGGACUGUGGCACAGGAAUCCUGGGAAUCUGACAAGGGGAUUUUCCUCCUCAUGGGUUGGAGAGUGUUGGAAAGACCUGGUUCUGCAGGUGAUCCACCAAAACCAGACCUGGUUCUGCAGGUGAUCCACCUAAACCAGACCUGAUUCUGCAGGUGAUCCAUGGAAACCAGACCUGGUUCUGCAGGUGAUCCACCUAAACCAGACCUGGUGGGAUGUGCAAGGAGCAGAGGGCAGAGUCCCACAGGUCCCCCAGGGGUGGGGUGCCAAGGGAUGGGACAUGUGCUGCUGGGACAGAUGCUCACAGCCGAGGGAAUCAAUCAGUGAGAUUCUGGAAGGAAAGGCAAACCUGUGUCACGUGUUCUUGGCAAA